GACUCAAAUAUGGGGAAAACAACGAAAGUAGUUGUUUGUGGAAUGAAAGGCGUAGGGAAAACAGCUUUAUUAGAACAGCUUAUUUACGGAAGCAUCAACACUAAAACAGAAAUUCAUCCAACAAUUGAGGACAUAUACAUUGCUAAUAUAGAAACCGAUCGCGGUACUAAAGAAAAAGUACGCUUUUAUGACACAGCUGGAUUAGAAUCUCUGCAGAAUAAUGCAAACAAUCAGCAACUGCCACGGCAUUACCUUGGUUUUGCGGAUGGUUAUGUCCUCGUAUACGAUACUGCGAAACCCGAAUCCUUGGAUGUGCUCUUUCCAUUGAAAAAGGACAUUGACCGUAAUAAGGAUAAAAAAGAGAUAACUGUAAUCGUUGUGGGUAAUCGAACCAAAGCCGAAGAAGAUUCCCAGAGUUUAGAGAAUACGGCUAGCAAAGCAGCAAAUUGGUGCACUAGAGAGAAACUUAAACAUUAUGAAUUAAAUGUUAUGGACAGACCUAGCUUGUUCGAAGCAUUCGUUCAUCUAUCUUCCAGACUGAAUCCUCCCACGAAUAAGAGUACUUUCCCCCAGCUGAGUAUGGGUAGAAAGAACGUGAAAGUGGAAGCACCUUAAUUAUAUUUAUUUAUUAUCAACAAUUUGAGCCUACCUAUGUCAAUGGUAAUCUUCUUCUUGUCAUUGACAUUGGUCCCUUUUGUUCAGUACAUUGUACGACAAAAAACUAAGCGUACAAGUGAUAACUUAACAUGUACUUAAAAUAUUGACUUGCUUGAGUGCUCAACUUAUGCAUCUUUUGUUCCUCUUCUGUACUUAAAAUAUUUUUUACUAAACACGAACGGAGAUCAAUGAAACAGAUAAAUACAAACGUGUAAAAAUAUAUCAACAACGGUGACGCGUUGGUUUCACCAUUCUAACGGUUUCGUUAAUUGCCGCAAGCAAAUGGUCGUCCCGAGCGCAUGAUCCCAUAUCCUGCUGCUGAUACCGAAACCUGGGGAACCGAUUGUUAGCCAGUAAGAAACUCGUUCGACGUAUUUAAAGGCGAAAGAUAUGUUACCCAAUUCGUGAUGCAAGAAAUGAUGAUAAUUGUGAUUCCUUUUCAUGGUGUAGAGGUAACUGCCGGCCCUCGGCGCGCCGUGAUGUAAAUAGUAAUGAAUUAAAUCGUAACAUAUGUAUCCUGCGAACGAAACUAACUUAUAGUAAACAGUAAUUUAUGUUAGAUGUAAGCACGUCGAUCAGAAGUACCUGUUGUAGUACCAGCUGCAAGAAAAUAAACUACUGUCUGAGGAAAUGAUACUUCAUAGAGGUCCAAUAACAACUUGGCUAUCAAUAAACCAGGCGCAGGAGGGAAAACCAAUCUCCUGUUGUCGAAGGGAGCCUUCGGAAAUAUAUGAAAGGGUAACCGAUUAAUUGGUACAUAUCAUUACACCGCCUUCGAGAUUAUUCUCGUUUCUGUUUCAAUUAUAAAAUAAACUGUUUCUUUCUUUUUUCUCAAUCGAAUAAAAUCUUCGUUGCAAUAUCCUUCACGGAUUGAAAAGGUAAGUUCGUGAACGCAUCUGACCCGUUGCCUAAACGCUUGCUCGUUGUUUUACAGACCAUUUACCUUGUGAUGAACCCCGUGAAGUAAAAAGUGCGCAGUGAUAAGUAGCUUCGACGUGGCUGGCGGUUUGAAAUGAAAAACUUUGCGGUGAAGCACGUACUCUAAUAGGGUCCAUAGCAAUAUCCCUGACAUGUACGAGACCAGAAUUUCGAAUAGCCUGUGCCCUGAAAGUUUCAAAUAUCGAUUUGCGCUGUCUCCGUCUGGACAACCGGUCAUCCCAACGUGUUAUCGAGGACGCGGCCCUCGUACCGGAAGUCCUUGCCAAGAACUCCGUGACGUCUCGACGAUCGUCUAACGUUAGCUCGAUACGUUCAAGAUCGGAUAUAAAUUCAGAGAUCGGACGUUUGCGGACGAGGCGCAAAGCCACGCGGGAAUAAUGAAAAGUAAUUACCAGUAUAAUGGCCGGCAUUGGUCACGAAUCCUAUGUAAAUGAAGUAAACGGCCACCGGGACCCAUACAAUCGGUACCAGGUACCACGGAGUGAUCGUUAAAGUUUCCAAGAUGUUCGACUUGAACAUCCGAAUGUCACGGUUCACCGGGAGAUUCACCCAAUCCCAGUAUUUGUCAGCCAAGCCUCCUACUUGACGAACUAUAGGUUGGUUCCAAUCAAUGAGAUCCUAUUAAACCGUCACACAUCAGUCACAGUCGCCGUACAUUCGCACGGCGGAAGAGCCAUCGACAAUGUUCGGUGUACCGGAGGACGUUCCCUUUUCGUUUGGAGAAUCGUCGGAUCGACACGCGUUACCUGAAACCCUGAUAUCGGGCUGUUUCGUUACAAUGAUCGCAAACGACGAAAAGAAAUGAACCGAGCGUUAGUUUCUCGCAAAAAACAGAGACGGACAACGAUAAAGAGAUAGCCGAGAUAGCCGCUCCAUUGAUUCCCGGAAACUAAGGCAAGUCGAUUCCUCCAAACCGAUCUUCGAUUAACCGUGAAAAAUGAGGUUUAUCUGGUGUACACCCCUUACGAGACAAGGAACAUUUAUCGAGGAUUUACGCGAAAUCCAGGCUUACGACGAUAGAAAUAUGUUAUUGGACUAACCGAGCAAACAGAAAAAUUAUCGGGAAACCCUCGAGGAGUAGAUAGCUGAAGGAACGGCUAGAGGCCGGACUGACGGCGCGAUAACGCGAGGCCUUCUACGCGAAAGCCGUCAAUUAAAGAACACGGAAUAUGAAAAUAAAAAUUUGCAAUUCUUAUCUGCGCGCCGUGGAUGUUUAUUUAAUGAAACGUUUACUCCGGAAGGAUAGUACCCACGGAUAAGAGAAGACUCGGUGACGUAACAUAAUCGAAAUUUUGGAUCCGGCGUCGUCGUUGGGACUCGAGCAAUUUUUUAUUCUCAGCUCUCGAUUACACGGCGGAACGUGCCGCGAUCAAAUGCGAUCUCGUUGACCGAUCCAAUGAUCCACUACUAACCCAGAUCCUCUGGCGUUCAUUGAUAAAAGUACUUUCGUUCAACGUUCUGCACGUUUACGUCGUGCCUGACGGGAGAAUCUACGCGCCAUGAGAUUUCGAAACUAACGAAAAGAACAGGUGAAUCAAGCUCGAAACUCGAACGAGACACAAGUCACCGCUAAUCAAAUCGAAUUGCCACGAUUCGCUCGACCGAACCAUGAUUAUUUGGAAACGUUCCUAUGUUAUAAACAAUUGAAUAUCACAUUCGAUUCGUCGAACCUGCUAACGCCGGAAAUCUAUCGAACGACGCUCAAGGAAGUUGAAAACCUGAUAGGCGUCGAUCGGCGAAACGCAGCAGAUCUCGUCGACCACGUUGCGCGAAACGGUACUCGAGAAAGUCCGCGAGCCUAUUCGACCUUCGGAGAUGGAGGAUCCUCCAAACGACAAGAGGAAGUUCCUCGAUCGGACUCACUUCGAGCUCCUGGUA